AUGGGAGCGUACGUAACGCCAUGUGUGGCCUCGUCCCCGCCCCCAGGCAAGUCCUCGCUGGGAAUGGCCCUGUUCCGCCUGGUGGAGCCGGCGGGCGGCACCAUCCUCAUCGACGGGGUGGACAUCUGCACGGUGGGGCUGCAGGACCUGAGGACCAAGCUGACCGCCAUCCCCCAGGACCCCGUGCUGUUUGUAGGUACAGUAAGGUUCAACCUGGACCCCUUCCAGAGCCACACGGACGAGAAGCUCUGGCAGGUGCUGGAGCGGGCGUUCAUGCGAGACACGAUAAUGAGGCUCCCGGACAGGCUGCAGGCCGAAGUCGCCGAGAACGGGGAGAACUUCUCGGUGGGGGAGCGGCAGCUGCUCUGCAUGGCCCGGGCGCUGCUCCGAGACUCCAAAAUCAUUCUCCUUGAUGAAGCCACGGCCUCCAUGGACUCCAAGACUGACAGCCUCGUGCAGAGCACCAUCAAAGACGCCUUCAAAGGCUGCACGGUGCUGACCAUCGCCCACCGCCUCAACACGGUCCUCAACUGCGACCUGGUCCUGGUCAUGGAGAACGGGAAGGUGGUUGAGUUUGACAAGCCCGAAGUCCUGGCUGAGAAGCCGGGCUCUGCGUUCGCCAUGCUCCUGGCAGAGGAGAACAAAGUCCGAGCGUGA